CGCACAGUGCACUCGACGCCGCUGACCUCAGCCGCGCGACGCGACGGGCUCCCACCUACCAGCACAGCGGAGACCUCCUGCAGGUUUCGGAGCCAGUUGGUCCACUGCGCGGCUACGAGAGGCAGCUAAGAGUGGCGAGACGGCCGUGGCGAGGAUGACGCGCAGCGACUACCAGCCGGUGGUGUCGGAGGGCGCGGAGGCGGCGGCGGCGGCGGCGGCCGGGGGCGGCCCCCGCUGCGACAAGGGCGGCGCCACGUCGGACCCGGCGGGCGCCAGCGCGCUCGGCCAGGUGGGCGGCGCCAGCGCCGUGCAGCAGUUCUUCCGCGGCCGCUGCGUGCUGGUGACGGGCGCCACCGGCUUCAUGGGCAAGGUGCUCGUCGAGAAGCUGCUGCGCUGCUGCCCGGCCGUCCACACCGUCUACGCCGUCAUCCGCUCAAAGAAGGGCCGCACCGUCGAGCAGCGCAUAGACGACAUGUUCAAAGACUCGGUGUUCAUGCACCUGCGCGAGGAACAGCGGCGCCGGCUGGUGGCGGUGGCUGGAGACGUGUCGCAGCCCGGGCUGGGCCUGUCCGCCGAGGACCGCGCGCGGCUGUGCCAGGACGUGUCGGUGGUCUUCCACCUGGCCGCCACCGUCAGGUUCGACGAGGCCAUGAGGGUCGCCGCCUCCAUCAACGUCCGCGGCACCAUGGAGGUGCUGCGCCUCUGCCGGGACAUGCCCAAACUCAAGGUGGUGCUGCACACGUCGACGGCGUACUCGCAGUACGUGCGGCCGCGCGUGCUGGAGCGCUUCUACGAGGCGCCCAUCAGCGCCGACAAGCUGCUGGCACUGUGCGAGGCGCUGCCCGAGGGGCAGCAGCACGACCUCCAGCUCGCCAGCAAGUUACUCGGUGGCUACCCGAACACAUACGUCUUCACGAAAGCAGUGGCGGAAGAAAUGGUGUCCCAGGAAUUUUCAGAUCUUCCGAUAGCAGUUAUCCGACCUGCUAUGGUGUCCUCGACGCACACGGAGCCGUACCCGGGCUGGAUCGACAACCUGUACGGCCCCACCGGGGUGUCGGUGGGCGCGGCGACGGGCCUCCUGCGGGUCAUGCAGUGCGACUCGCGCGCCAUGGCCAACAUCGUGCCCUGCGACAUGAGCGUCAACCUGGCCAUCGCCGCCGCCUGGGACCUCGCAGCCAACCGUAGGAACAAGAACGAGGGUGAGCAACCGGUGUACCACCAUGUGUCGUCAGCCGACUGCCCGCUCACGUGGUACGAGUACCGCGCCAGCUUCAUGCGGCACGGCAUGAAGAUCCCCACAGUGCACGCCGUGUGGUACGUCUCGCUGAUGCUGGUCGCCAACCGGUUCCUGUUCCUCUUCUGGAAGACCAUGCUGCACCUGGUGCCUGCCAUGAUCGUCGACACUGCCCUCCUGCUCGUCGGUAAGAAGCCCAUGCUGAUGCGAGGCUACCGCAAGAUCCACCGCUUCAUCGACGUGUGCGCGCCGUUCGCGACGCACCACUGGGACUUCGACAACUCGCAGACGAAGGCGCUGUGGGCGCGGCUGUCGAGCGAGGACCGCAAGCUGCUGCCGUUCGACAUGCGCGGCUUCGACUGGGACGAGUACUUCUACCACUACGUGCGCGGCGCGCGCCGCCUGCUGCUCAAGGACGAGAUGGACACGGUGCCCGCCGCCAGGAGGCGCUGGAGGAGGUUGCUGUGGUUACACAGAGCAGUAAACACACUGAUAUUCCUGUUACUGGCUAGCAUCGCGUGGAGAGCCGGUAAUAGCAUCAUUUCCGUCAUCCGCUGACAAAGGGCAGCUGGAGCUACAUAGACUUCUGCACUAAAAGUUUUCGGGAACAUUACAUGGAAUGAAGCACUGAAGACUCAAUUUUUCUAUGUACUGAAAGUGUGAUAAUAUUCUGUGGCAAACACUAAGAAACAGUAGCCGAAAAUAGUGUUGAUGAUGGUGGAGGAAGAGAGGAAAACGCGACCCUACUGAUGAAGGAAUUUGUGCCUUUGAUUCUGUCCCACGAAGUCAAUCACCAAGAAAAACUGUACUCAGCUGAGAGAACUUCAGUUACAGUGUGUCGCCAAGUAGCACGCAUGGGCAAGGUUCACACAUUACCACACUGAAACACACUAGUGCAGAAUGAUUACUCAUUCUGAGCUGACAAAACUCAAUAGAUAACGCAAGUGAGCCUAGAUAAAUGACAUAUUAAAUAUGUGUACUUCAUUCAUUAAUUUGGUGCAGAUUCACUUCUGGUAAUAUCAGUCAUGAUUCUUGUCAUGAUUCUGUCAAUUUAUUCUCAUACAUUUACCACUGAAUAGCAGCUAUGCGUUUUGUAUUGUGAUUCAUCUCAUUUUUCAAAACAUACUUCUACUGUGACGAGAAAAAAAAAGUCACGUGGCUGUAUUAACUUUUCUUAGUUGAUAGUAAAUAUCACCCACUCUGAAAAGUCAAUUUCAAUGCAGAAAAAUAACUUACACCCUACAUAUACAGACACUGGAUUCUAUAGAUUACAACAACUACAAGAGUGCAUUAUUAAGAACAUAGCUCACAACAAGUUACUGAAACU